GCACGCCUCCUGCACACUGGUUGGAUUUGUGGCCACGGUGUACCAGAAGACAUUGUCAGCGACCGCGACACUCGUUUCAUGUCGGCGUUUUGGACUGGUCUCAUGCAGGAGUCCGGCACAACAAUGAAACCAAGUUCGUCUCGACACCUUCAGACAGACGGGCAGACGGAGCGGGCACAUCAGACCGCUCAAAUGAUGCUUCGUACGCUGAUCCAUCCGGACCAGAAAGAUUGGGUUGACCGCCUCCCCGACAUCGAGUUUGCCUACAACACUUCGGUGCAUCCGGCAAUCGGCGUGACUCCAUUCGAGUUGCACCACGGUGGACGGAAAGGCCGGAUCUUCGCCGACCUUCUCCUCCCUCGACCAGCCGACAUUGACGCUGCCUGCUCUCCCUCUUCCGUCCGGAAGUACAGGAAAUUGCUGACUCAAGCCCGCGCAAAUAUGCAAAAGGCUCAAGUCCGCAUGCAGCAGCAAGCCAACAGGCGUCGCGUACCAUGUCCCAUCCGCGCCGGUGAUCUGGUUUGGGUCUCCGUGGAAGAGUUUGCACUAAAACAGGAUGUUUCACGCAAACUGCUUCCCAAGUGGUUUGGACCUUGGUCGGUGACAGCAGCCGCGGGCGAUGAGCCCGAUGACCCUUUAUUUGUGAUCAACAUUCCAGAGCAUCUGACGGUCCAUCCGGUCUUCCACGCCUCGAAGCUGGCAACUUACACGCCAGCCAAGAGCGACGACUUUCCGGACCGACRAUCGCAGGACCCUCCUUCUAUGGAUGGCCAUCAGGAAGUUGACCGCGUCAUCUCCGAUCGCAAGUACGGCAGCAAGCCGCGACAGUAUAAGGAUGCAGGCCCUGGGGUUGCUGUGACCGUUGUUGAAGUUGCCUCCGUCCUUGUACUGCGCUGCGCUGAUCUGCACCUUGAUGCAGGUGUUGAGGAAGUGGGAUGGGUUCUGAAUGCUGGGGAAAUGCCGAGACGCGAUGUGCCUUCCGUUGCCGUAAAUGUGGUGACCGCAUUUGUUCUGGUCCCAGUACCCCCCUGACAGCAGCGAGCAGUGUGCGGAGUUCACCGUCUGGACUGGCCUCGUGUCGGGCCUGCAUUCAGGAGAAGAAUCGAGUCAAAUCAAAACGGAGUUUUUCU